AUGCCGACGCUUGCUCCAAUAAACCGGAAUGCUUUUACAUUCCCGUACGCCAACAAGUGGUCUGUUUCAGGGAUGAAUUAUCAGAGAUGUCUCAGGCACUCUAUAAUUCAAUACUGCAACCUCAUCGACCACCUUGGAACAGAUGAUUUUGUCUGGAUGCCGUACGAGGGUCUCGACCACCAGCCCAACCCCGAUGAUGUUGUUGUUUGGACAUCAACGACACUCAUAAUUAGGUUCACUACGGUGGAGAUGCACCAAAUUGAUCGGGUGAAACUACAAUUUAGGAUGCAUCCAAGUCUUCAAUAUAUGACUUGGUUUAGGUCUGUCACGACAUCUCAGCCUUUCCUGUCCCAGCCAACCUAUUUGGCCGACCCAAGUGAACACGAUUCUUCGUCAAACACACAACAACAGCUCAAUGCUCAAAAUCGACCUUACGAAAACCCAUACAUGCCAACAAAUACCCCCUAUCAACAACAUCCUUACAUGCCACCCGCCCAAUCUCAGCCUCAACCACCGUACCAUUAUAGCCCUGAUACGUCGUUUGAGCCUACCCCCUCCACCUAUAGCCCACACAACUCAUUUGACCCUACCCUCUCCAACUCCAACUACCCCUCCACCUAUAGCCCAGACAACUCAUUUGACCCUACCCCCUCCAACACCCCACAACAACCAACACACCUAGACCAACCCAAUUCCAUGUACACAUUCGGACAACCAUACCGUCCAUACUCCACCCAACCUCCCAGGCAAUCCUUCGAAAACAUGGGCAUUAGGCUUGACUACGGCAGCGCCAUUGACAAUGGACCUCCCGGCUAUUGGAGUCAAAUGAUGCAAAAUCUAUCUGAUACGCUGGGGCCGUCCCAACAACAUCCUCCUCCACAACUCGACACACAACGGCCCGACACACCACAACAACCCGGUCGUAGAUAUCGUCGCAACGCACAUCCUCCACAGUGUGGCACCGAUGGUCGCUUGGAAGAGCCGACCAUUAUUUUAUUUUUUUUGUUGUAA